CCUAACCUUUGCGCUUGCGCAUUUGCUCUGCCAGUUGUAAGCGGAGAGACUGGCUACGGAUAAGGACUGGCAAGGGAUAAACAUUCAUCCUGUUGGGUUGUGGUCUUUUUUAGAUUUUUAAUGAUUGGGAAAAUUGUUUAUCGGAAACAUAAUGUUUAGGUUACAUAAAUUUUCUGAGCAAAUUAGAAAGUUUGACGCCUAUCCUAAAACAUUGGAAGACUUUCGAGUGAAAACAUAUUCUGGUGCUUUAAUUACAGUCAUCAGUGCAGUUAUCAUAACUCUCCUCUUCAUAUCAGAAUUAAAUUAUUAUAUGACUCCUGAAGUGGCAGAGGAACUUUUUGUUGAUGUUUCUCGAAGUGAAAAGCUGAGAAUCAAUAUUGACGUUAUAUUUCCGAAAGUAACAUGUGAUUUUCUGUCUAUUGAUGCAAUGGAUGUGUCUGGAGAACAACAAAUUAAUUUAGAUCACAAUAUCUAUAAGCGCAGGCUCUCUCAAUCCGGCGAACCAUUGGAAGAAAAACCUGAAAAAGAAAAAGUUGGAGAGUCAAAGGUAUUGAAUAUGACCAUUCCACCCGUAUUGGAUCCAAAUCGAUGUGAAAGCUGUUAUGGGGCAGAAUCUCAAGCUUACAACUGUUGUAACACGUGUGAAGAUGUGCAGAAUGCGUAUCGCAUGAGAGGUUGGGCCGCUCCUGAUGCAGAUAGCAUUGAGCAGUGUAAGAGGGAAGGUUGGAACAAAAAGUUAGAGUCUGUGGAUAUUGAAGGUUGUCAAGUAUUCGGUUACUUAGAUGUGAAUAGGGUUGCUGGAAACUUUCAUAUUGCUCCAGGAAAAACUUACACACAACAUCAUGUUCAUGUUCAUGAUUUACAGCCAUUUGCCGCUAGUCAGUUUAAUUUGACCCAUAUGAUAAAGCAUUUAUCCUUUGGGAAAACUAUACCUGGCAAAACUAAUCCCCUCGAUGGCACUACACAAGUGGCUAAUGAAGGCUCUAUGAUGUUUCAAUAUUACGUUAAAAUUGUACCAACAAUGUAUGAACGUAUAGAUGGUUUAACGUAUCACACUAAUCAGUUUGCUGUAACAAGACAUCAGAAGCAGGUAUCGCCCAUCUUUGGAGAGCAGGGUCUUCCCGGAAUGUUUGUCAUUUAUGAAUUGGCUCCUCUAAUGGUGAAAUACGGUGAAAAACAAAAGUCAUUUUUUCAUUUCCUUACGAGUGUAUGUGCGAUUGUAGGAGGUGUAUUUACAGUGGCUGGUAUGAUAGAUUCAGCUGUUUACUAUUCUUCCAAAGUCAUACAAAAAAUAGAGCUUGGUAAGAUAAGCUGAUGAUGUAUAAUAUUAUAGAUCUAAUUUAGUUUCUCCUUCUGUGAUCUUUUUUAUUUUGAUAUUUUCUUCCAACUGAAUGGAUUGCAAUAGAUUGUGAUUGCAAGUUAUAAUUUAACAAAAGAUAUCUUCCUAAUGAAAAUGCACAAUUCCAUGUUUGCAUUUAAGAAAAAAACAAACUUGCCCUUGUAUAAAUAAACCCUUUUAUAGAUACAUUUUGUUACUUAUAGUGUGUUGUUAAUAAACUUUUGUUGUUGUGGAAA